AUGCUUGCUCGAUCAGGGCGAAUCGAUUCAUUGAAUCAGGUCGCGAAUGGUCUCACGAUGGCCCUGGAUGCGCACCCGACCGAUCUGAAGCGGUCCGGGUCUUUGGUGCGACGCCCAGCGCACCAGCAGCACCAGCCGCCGCCGCCGCCCCAGUGCCAGGAGCCCCAGCAGGCCCAGCUCCAGCACCAGCAGCAUCAGCCGUUCCAGCGGUCGUCCGCCGCACCGUCGCCCGUCGCAGGCUCAUCGGGCACAUCCCCUGCCUCUGCAUCGACUCUAUCACCCUGGUCCAAUCUGACCCCAUCGACGAGUACCCACGUCUCACCGACGCCGUCGAGCCACUCGAGUUCGACCUCGGUGUCGAGCGCCGGCACCGCGUCGAGGAACUCGGGCUUUGUCGUCACAUCCCGUGCGCGAGACUAUCAGCCUCGGCCACCGAGCAGCUCCGCGCCGCUCGAAGUCGCUGACGGCCACCAUGAUCCCAUCGCAUCGACCUCGGCUUCGACUUCGAACUCGACAUAUUCGAUUACCUCGUCCUUAACACCGCCCGCAUCGACCUCACGAGCCACGCGCCCGACGGUGACAACCCACAACAGCCGCCAGCCCCACCCGUCGCCCUUCGGCCGCAAGCCGUCCGACUCGUCAUCGAGAAGCGGCCACGGCGACGGCGCGCCUCCGAACCCAAAUCUCGUCGCCUCACCCGACUCGAAUGCCCCCAAGACGACGCUGCACCUCUCGAGCUCGAUUGACGCGCAUGGGCGCCGCAUGGUCAACCAGUACGUUCGCCUCAAGACGAUCGGCCAAGGCUCGCACGGCAAAGUAUGGCUCUGCGCCGAACCGAUCGUGCCCGAAGGCGACGAGGACGACGAGAGUGACGAUGCCAAGCGUGACGAAGACAAUGCUUUGUUCGACGAGGACAUCGUCGCCGCUGCUGCCCGACGGAUGAGCAAGGGCAAGGGUUCUCGAGCUGACCGUUGGGAGCACGAGAUCGAAGCCGGCAACGUCCGCUACUGCGCCAUCAAGUCCGUCGCACGCGAAGGGACCGGUCGAGGCAAGAGUUUACGCGCCGCUAAAGGUCGUAAAUCGUCCUCCCAGACGAGUGGUGGUAUUGGUGCCGACGACAAGGUCAAGCGCGAGGUCGCCAUCAUGAAGCAGCUCGAUCACCCCAACAUCGUUCGCCUCAAGGAGGUCAUUGAUGAUGCCAAGAGCAAAAAGGUCUUCAUGGGUACGUUUCCUGCGUGUCCAGAUGUGUAUCUCGAGUUGUGACGGAAGCUGAUCACGCACCUUUCCUGCACACAGUCCUGGAGUUCAUGUCGGGAGGCCAGAUCGCGUGGCAAGACGAUAACAAACAGCCAACCAUGUCUGUCAACGAAGCAAGGCGUACUUUCCGUGAUGUUGUGCUGGGACUCGAAUACUGUGAGUGUGCUGGAAUCAGUGCCGCUGUGUGACGCAUGUCUGACCACCCUGUACGGACUUGCCUCCCAGUGCACUACCACGGAAUCAUCCACCGCGAUAUCAAGCCAGCGAAUCUGCUCUGGAACGACGAUCACAGCGUCGUCAAAAUAUCGGAUUUCGGAGUGUCGCACGUCUCGGAGGCCCUGCGGAGAGCUUCGCCGGAUGCUCAGCAGGAUGGAUCGAAAGAGGGCACCCCCAAAGGCGACGACGACAAAGCGCUUCGAAAAACGGCUGGUAGCCCUGCUUUCUUUGCGCCAGAGCUUUGUCACCCCAGCGAUUACACGCCGACGCCGACGGGCAGUGUCUACGAAGCCUCGAUAGGCGGCGGUACCUACUUCCCCUCCGGUGCUCGGGAUUCUCCCUCGCUCGCCUCGAAUUACGGAGCUGCGUCGACGCCGAGCGGCCAAGUUCCGGUCGAAGUCCAAUCAACGGCACCGAACGGCCUUCCGCUAUCCCCUUACUUCAUCUCCAAACCCCUACUGCCUCCAGACCCCUCGAGACCGCGUGCUCGCGCCCCGAUUGCCCAAGGCAUCGACGUCUGGGCGCUCGGCGUGACCCUGUACUGCCUGCUCUUCGGCGACACGCCCUUCAUGGCCCGUACCGAGUACGAGUUGUACAACAUCAUCGUCAAAGAGCCUGUUCAAGUACCGGCAGUGAUGGGUGUGGAGAGGGCGUGGUCUGGCGUGGGUCCGGCGUGGGCAGGAGCCGCCGACGGAGUUGAGGGCCGCGAAGCCGUCGAUUUGCUCUCCCGAUUGCUCGAAAAGGAUCCCAGCAGACGCAUCACGCUGCCUGAGGUCAAGGUGAGCCGCGACUCAGGUGACCACGAAGAGCAUCUUUAUCUUCACACUGACAUUUGCAUCUGCUCGACGACAGAAACAUCCUUGGGUGCUUCGCAAUCUCGAGUCGUCGCCGGACUCAUGGCUGUACGAGACCGAUGUCGGCAAGUCCGAAUCCGUCGUUGUGACCGAAGAGGAUGUGCAGCACGCGACACAAGAGCGUGGGGCUUCCGACACGCUGCCUGCAAUUCGCAACGGACCCGGCAUCCGACGUGCCCUCAGUGCGGCACUCGUUCGUUUCCCUGGGUUUGCUCGAAUGAAGCGGAUCGAGCGAACGCCGAAUGCGGUACCGAGGUCCCGUUCCAAGAGCGGUAGUUCGAACAGCCAAAGCAUCACCGACGCGCCGACGCGAACGCCUUCGCAUUCGAGCCGCCACUCCCCCGAUGACAACACGACCCGCAAGAAGACGAGUCUUGACUUCGGCAUGGACCUCCGUCGCAUGCUUUCACGUGAAGUAUCGGUUUCCGGAAGUGGGCGCAGCGCGAGUCCAGCCACUGCGAACGGCCGGGGAGGGUGGGGCAAUCUCGGAAGACCUCGGCAGGCGUCGGGACAAUCCCUCGAGGGGACACCGACGACUCCGUCCUCGCCUUUACCCGUCAACCAAGCGUUCGUGGACCCUGAGCUCUGUCGCUCGUCGUCCACCUCCUCGCUCCGCAACGUUCGCGGCGGAUUCUCCUUUCAGCGCCCGAGCGGCCUGCGCAAAACCUCGGGGGAUCCCGUUGAAUCGGCUGCUGCUGCUGCUGCCGCGUCGCACCCUCCUUCUGAUCAAGAGUCAAGCGGUCGUCGAACCCUCUCGCGCAUGCUGUCCAAACUCGGCGGAGGCGGUAGCAGCAAUCGCCGUCUCAGUCGCCAGGCCUCGACCUCGGACGAGGAGGCCGCUGCGCACGGAGUCCACGCUGUCAUACUCGAAGGUGCCCCCGCAGAGCGCUUCGGCAAUGGAGGCGAAAAGUACGACUCUUUCGGGCGCGUCGUUCGUUCCAGCACCGAAGACGUCACGCCCUCUUCUAUCCAGAACGUGGCCUCCGAAGCCCAUCGAGAGCGGGAUGAAGACGACGUGAUCGACUUGACCGAGUUCGAAUACUCUGAAUCGGAUGACGACGACGAUGUUGAUGAUGACGAUGACGAUGACGAUGAUGACCACUUCCUUGCAUCACCCCUUGCUCAAGCGGACAGCAUCACCGGCUGGAGUGGGGACUUUGCCCCUUUCAACGUCGAGUGGCCGGGUGACAACGGAACAGCCCGAAUGGUUCACGAGGUCGAGGCCAGCGAACAUGACGACCAAUACGGCAUGCGACGAGGCAAGCAUAACCCUGCCUCUCUGAAGACUAUUGCGGACUCUACUCCUCGCGGCUCAAUGCACCACGCGCUCUCGUCGAGGGCAGUCGACAACUCGGAACCAUCGCCCACGCCACCGCCUCUGAUACGCGAGCACUCGGCCUCUCCCAGCCGGUCGUUGAACAAGCUCAGCAUCGGUACUAUGGAGCAACCGAGCCUGCUUCCGGAGGUUGCGAAAGAACCGAGUGCGCGCGGCUUGUCGGCUGGACCGGUCUUUAGCUCGCGCAAAUGGGAAGCCUUUGCCGAUGCCGAGGAGGAGGACGACAAUGAGGACGAGGGCAUAUUAAUGGCUCCUCGUCGCCGUCGUGCUGCGACCAUAUCAAACACGCCACCUCUCGCCUAG